AUGGCGGAUUUGGAUGACUUAUUUCAUUUAGAUCAAUACAUAGGUCCAGAAUCUCUUGCAGAAUUAUGUUUCCAAGUAAUCUGCAAAAAUUUAGACAUUAUCUCAGUAAAGGAUAAGUGUGAAUAUCGAAAUCUUUUAAAAGGAGUGGUUUUCCCAAGCGAAAUAUGCGAUAAACUUAUUGAAUACGUUUUACGAAACGAUAUAAACGAAGAUCAUGACUGUUUCUUUACGAUUUUCAAAAAUGUAUGGAUAACCAAACUUAAACGUGUCAAAGUUGUAGGAUCCAAUAUAACCGAUGAUUCAGUACAGAUCCUUGCAAAUCACAAACUUGUAAGAUUAGAACUUACAGAUUGUCCCAAUUUAACAGACCGAUCUAUUGAUUACAUAAAUGCAAAUGCAGAAAAUUUGCAUACUUUAGUAUGCCGUGGUAGUUCUGGAAUUAUUCCGGAAAAACUUACAGCAUACCAGAAACAAGGACAUGUAUUUAAAAUACCAAAUCUACGGACCUUGGCUAUAGAAUAUGUUCAAAUUUGUGCCUUGGAUUAUAACAUACUUUUGGGUGGAUUAACAAAUUUAACAAAUUUAGAUUUGUCCAAUAGUUCUGAUAUGGGCACCUUUGAUUAUUUUCAUUUGGUUCCUAAUUUAGUAUCCUUAGUUUUAUAUAAUGUUAGAAUUAUUUCUCAAGCACAAGCCUUUGUUACCAAUAUCUGUCACUUGAAACAUUUAAGGCAUUUGGAUAUCUCUCAAAUCCAUCCAGAAGAUGGAAUAUUUGCAAAUCCUAAUACAAUCUUAUCUGAUAUAGUAAAUGGUUUGCCUCAACUAACUUCUUUAGAUAUUAGUGGGACAAAUUUAGCAGGAAUAGAAAUUGUAGAUCGUAGAAUACAAACAGUUGAAAAUUCUUUCUAUUCUGACAUAUAUAAUAAUAAUCUUUGUGAUAUACCAGGUCUUAUUUCAAGAGUGGAUAGACCUUUACAGUUUUUAGGACUUUAUGGAGCAAAUGAUGCACCUUGCAGGCGACGUAAUAUUCCAGCAAAAUUGAUUGCAGGAAAUGCAAAUGAAGAUCAAAUAUUGGUUGCAGCUCACGUUUAUAUGAAUAAUAGAGAAGAUCUAAUGUUAAAAGUAAUAAGUGAUUUAUAUCAUAUGUACAGAUAUGAAAAUUGUCAUAGGAUGGAUCAAGCACUUUGCGCAGUAUUAGAAGCAAUGGAGAAAUAUCCUACUCUGAAAGAUAUACAAAUAUCUGGAAGUGCAGCACUGUUUUAUAUUGUAAAAAUGAAGGAAAAAGGCGAACUUGAAGCAAGAUUAAAAAGGAGAAUUGUUCGCACACUUCUUGUUGGAAUGAGUAUUCAUAAAAAUGAAGAAACUAUGAUGCGUAAUGGUUGCCUAACAUUAUACCAAUUCCGAUUGCCACAAGAUGUGAUGUCACACUAUGAAACAUUGGUAAAAUUACUUUUGCAUUUAGCUAAACAUGCACAACAGGAAAGUUAUGUUCAACGCAUUGGAAUAUUUCUUUUAAAUACUUUGGCAUGUCAAGUAACAGGCAGAGAAAAGCGUUUAUUAGGCGAUCUAGGUUGCAUAAAAACAAUGCUUGAACUAAUUAAAUACAGAGUUGAAUCUAGAACAUUUGAUGAUGUUAUGGAAGUAGCUUGGUCAACUAUGUGGAAUGUAACUGAUGAAACUCCUAUAAAUUGUCAACGAUUUUUUGAAGAAAAUGGCAUGCUAUUAUUCUAUAGAUGUGUGAUGCAAUACUCUCGCAAAGAAGAAUUAUUAAAAAAUAUGAUGGGUUUACUUGGUAAUGUAGCCGAAGUACAAAGUCUUAGAGUGCAUCUAAUGCAACUACCAUACAUGGUAGUUUUCACAAAUUUAAUACGUACUGUCAGAGAAAGCAUUGAGGUACCAUAUAAUGCAGUCGGGAUAUUAGCUCACAUAGCAUCUGAUGGUGUUGAAGCAUGGACAAUAGAAAAACCUAGUCGAAAUGUAGUUCUUGAACUUAUGGUUGAAGCUAUUGAACGAUGGGAUAUAUCAUCAGAACGUAAUAUUAAUUACCGCUCAUUUCUACCACUAUUACGUUUGGUAGAUAUUUAUCAUACACCACAAUGUCAACAUUGGGCGGUUUGGGCUCUUGCUAAUCUUACAACUGUAUAUCCCCAUAAAUAUUGCAUAUUAGUUAUUCGAGAAGGAGGAAUUGAGAAAUUGAAUACUUUAAUCUCAGAUCCAAGACCAUAUGAGCGUAUAAAAGAACUUGCCCAUAUUGUAAUUGAAAAUUGUAGUCGUUAUAGUAGCAACUCCAAUGACAUGAAUGUUCAUUCCCCUUUAGAUGAAGACUAUAUAUAUAGCUCAGAUGGUUGAAAAUCAAUUUUCAUUAUUAUAAUUCAAACACCAUAAAAAGUAGAAUGUUUUAUGUCUGUAACAAAAAGUCUCCUAAAGAAAAGAGUGUGAGUAAGAUUAUAAAACUUGCUAAAGCAUUUGUAUGUUGGUUUGCCAAACUGUAAAUUUGAAAUUGAGUGGUCAAACAAUCUUACUCGCACUUUCAUCACAUAAACAUUUCAUUACAUAUUUUAUUUAUUACAUGUUAUGAAAUAUAUUUGGAUCAUGGAUGCAAAUAUAUUAAUAUAUUAAUGAUAUUAUUAACGAAAGAGUAGUUGGUUUAAUAAAAAUAUUUUUGAUGUUCAUAAUCAAUCUCUAUAAA